AUGACUCAGUCACUCCCCUUGAGUCCCUUCACGGUUUCCCUAGUUAUUGCGGUGUUGUGGCUAAUUGUCAAACUUACGAAUGGUUUAAAUCGCCGUCGUGGCACUGCUGGGACAACAAUUCGAGGGCCGAAGAACGAUAGCUUUAUCUUUGGAAUGACCCGACGAAUUGUGAAGGCUGCCGAUACUGGGCUUCUAUUUCAAGAAUGGGCAGAGGAGUAUGGGCCUGUUUAUCAGAUCGCCGCCCCUUUGGGAGCCAAGCGGCUUGUUCUAUGCGACCCAAAGGCAGUCAAUCACUUUUAUUCUAUGGAAAGAAGCGUCUACGUAAAGACCCAGCUUGGUCGCAAUGUCAUCGCAAACUUGGUGUGUUCUCCGUCGCUCUAUGUACCGAUUUCAUGCCCAACGGACUGUAGUUUGGUCGUGGUCUACUCUGGGCUGAAGGAGACAGUCACAAACGGCAACCAACGCAAAGCAUUGACUCCUGCCUUCAGCAACGCAGCUAUUCGGCGACUAACAGAUGUGUUCUAUGACUCUGCAUACAAACUCAAAGGCCAUUGGGAUAGAACGCUGGAUGAAUCUACUUCUGGAGAGGGUGCUGUAAUCGAUGUCGAGCAUUGGGUGAACCGUGUCGCCUUGGAUAGCAUCGGGAUCGCAGGGUUUGCGCAUGACUUUGGGACUCUCGACGGGAAAUACUCCGCCGUCGCAGCCGCAUUCGACGGACUUUCGUUUGACGGCGGCCUUAUAACCAACCUGCUAUUUCUUCUUGGCCUCCGCCUACCAUUCCUCGCUCGCCUACCCUCUCAACGGAAUCGUAUCACCCGCAAUCUUCGUCUGACGAUGAGCGAAAUCGCCGACCAGCUGCUGGAGAAGACAAGAAAAGAGAAGAAAACCCACAUCACAGACGAGACUAUGGAUCGAUCGGUUAUUGGUCUUUUGCUUAAGGCCGAGAGCGACGAUGCCGAACUGCAUAUGGAUCCCGUUGAAGUCCUUGCUCAGAUGGCAAUUCAUUCUUUACAGAUCGUGAACAUCGCGCUUAUCGUGUUCUCAGAAUGUUUUGCUCUUGGCCGGCUACGAGACCACAUCAAUCUUACCUGGGCAUUGAUUGAACUCGCUAGGCAGCCACAAAAACAGGCACAACUUCGUGAAGAGCUCAUGAAAUUCGGUUCGUCUGACCCAACCUGGGACCAGCUUGUAUCCGGACUGUCAUACCUCGAUGCUGUCGUCUUGGAGACGCUAAGACUCCAUCCUCCGCUAGCGGAAACCACCCGAGUCGCGGAUGUAGAUGAUAUACUCCCCAUCAGCGAACCUAUCACAUUACCAGACGGCGAGGUCGUUGAUAGCAUUGUAGUUGCAAAAGGGACACUAGUGACUGCUUCCAUCCGAUGCAUGAACCAGUCAGAGCGAUUCUGGGGACCCGACGCUAAGGAAUUCAAACCAGAACGAUGGCUGACGUUGGAAACGGACCCGCUCCGCGCAAAGGAGAUCACAGGACACCGACACCUUAUCACCUUCAGCGAAGGUCCGAGGGUGUGUUUAGGAAAACAGUUCGCACUGGCAGAGUUCAAGGCCGUCCUUGUGGUCUUGAUUCGCAACUUCAUGUACGCAUUUCCUGGUGGUCCUGAAACGGAGAUUGCGGCUCAUAAGUCGAUUAUUCCCCGACCGAAAGUCGCUGGCCAGCCUGGGGCCAACGUGCCAAUGCUUGUGAGACGCGUAGAUUGA